AUGCUCCGACGACCACCAGGCGAAGGGCGGUCCGGAGCCCAACAGCGAAAAUCUCUCCUCGCCCUUGCCGUCCUCUUCCUGACAUGUCUGCCGCUCGUCGAAGGCCAACAGCAACAGCAGCAACAGGCCGGUGCGCAGUCACUGCACCACGUACGGCAUGCCGAUCCGCAGCACAAUGCCCGCAGCGCUCACGGGCACGAAGGUUUUGAUGCCCUGGCUGGCGAUGUCUGGGCCGAGACUGACAAUGACGUCGCUGCUGCCGACGCCCUGACCUCGAAACAACGCGAGGACACGGUCAUGGAUGAUAACAACAACAAUAACAACAACAAGAAGAAGAGAAACAUAAUUAUCAACACCAAGAAAAACAAGAACGAUGCGCGCGCCGUCGCAACUUUGGCUCCGGCUCAGUCCGUGCGAGCACCUUCCCCCGGAUAUCGACCCAGCGCCCACCUCAAUGGCGGGUCUGGCAUCUCAUCGCCGCAACGAGCGCGGAGUCUGGAGGAAUGGGAAGUGGAAGACUUCAUACUAUUGGCGACCGUCGAUGGGGACCUCUAUGCCAGUGACCGCCGCUCCGGCCCGCAGCGGUGGCACCUUGAGGUCGAGCAACCCAUGGUCCAGACAGAGCACUUCCGACUGAACGCGUCGGACCUCGACGAGGACCAUCAAGACGUCGACCAUUACAUAUGGGCUGUCGAGCCCACCCGCGACGGCAGUCUCUACAUCUGGAUGACUGGCGCCAGCGAGCCUGCGCUCGACCUAUCCCCCCUCGCCAACGACGACCCACCCGUGAUCUAUACUGGCGCCAAGAAGACGACCAUGAUCACCAUCGACGCCGCGACUGGCAGGGUUCUCAAGUGGUUCGGGUCCACCGGAUCGCACAUUAAUGAGGAGAGCUGCCUGCGGCCCAAUGCCCUCUCUGAUGUUGAUUCGGAAGAGUGCAGCGUCAUGGGGACCAUCACACUCGGUCGUACAGAGUACGAAGUGGCCAUCACGCGCAAAGAUGGACGCGCCAUUGCCAAGCUCAAUUACUCUGAAUGGACGCCUAAUAAUUUUGAUAAAGACCUCGUCGACUCAUACAGCCGAACGCUGGAUAACCGCUAUCACAGCAGCCGCCAUGAUGGUCGUGUCUACGCCUUUGAUCCCGAGGACCAACCGCUCUUUAGCCACCAAUUCGCAGCACCUGUUGCUCGUGUCUUCGACGUAUGUCGCCCCUGGGGUGCCACACCUGACAAGAACCCAGACUUGUUGGUUCUCCCCCAACCCAUCCCUGCUCCCAAGGACGAGGUCACGGCUCGUAUGCGGGGCAGCCAUGUCUUCCUGAACCAGACCGAUGCUGGCAGCUGGUAUGCCCUCUCUGGCUACUCCUAUCCCUUGAUCGUCGACUCGCCACCAGCAUUGACAUCGCGGUCUGACUGGGGCUCGUUCAACCGGCCUUGGAGUCGUCUUACUCAAAGCCAAAAGGCCGACGCCAUGAUUGGGAGGCAUAACUUCAAGCAGGCCAACCACGACCGCGGCCAAGUGCAGCCGCCGACCCUACCAGGCAGCCCCAUCUCGCAUCCUGCCAUGGACUCUCAGGAUGAUGCCACCUUGCCCUCCGUGGUGCCUGACGAGAUCCUUGACCCUCUUGAUCCGCACAACAUUGUAGAAAAGGUCAAAUCUAUCCCUCAGCAGGCCGCUAAUAGCGUUCGCGAUCUGCUGAGCAAUCCUGUUCUUAUCAUCGUUCUUGUUGGCGCCUUCUUCUUCUAUCACAAGGAUCUGAUACGGUGGUACAAGAACAAGUCCAACAAAUGGCUGCUCCAGCACGACCACCGUUCUGAAGCUGGCGAUCCGACGCCUGAACCAACGCCCAACCAUUCCAUCGAUGACAGGAUCCUGCCCCUGUCGAAGUCGGAUGAUCUCAUUGGCAAGUCGGACGACAAUGUUGCUCCAAUGGAGUCUGCCCAAACCCAGGCAAGAGAGGUACCGCCUGUCCAGGCAGAUGAUAUUGCUUCCACGACAGACAACGAAGGCCCAGCCCCAUCUGCUACAGAGAGCCGCGACAAGAAAGAAGAUGAUGGGGAGGCUCUAGCCACUCAAGCUUCCGAUUCGCCUGAGUCGAAAGAAUCUUCCAGCAAGACUGAGCUCGAGCCGGGCACACCUGCCGAGAAGAAGAAGGCCAAGGCACAUCGUGGCAGGAGGGGCGGUGUGAAGCAUCGCAAAGGUGCCGCGAAGAAACGCGAAAUGUCUCAGUCUCGUGACGAUGAUCCACCUGCCACCACCGUCGAGGAUGCCGUCAAAAACGCCCAGAAGCUGGGAGGAUCACCAAAGCUAGAGCCCGAUGUCGUCACUGUUGCCAACGAUAUGCAAUCUGUCACCGGCCCCGUUAUCAAGUUGGGCAACAUCGAGGUGGACACGGAUAACCAGCUUGGCACAGGCAGCAACGGAACACUUGUCUUCGCUGGCAAGUUCGAUGGUCGCGAGGUCGCUGUCAAGCGCAUGCUCAUCCAGUUUUACGACAUUGCGUCACAAGAAACACGUCUCCUUCGCGAGAGCGAUGACCAUCCGAAUGUCAUUCGAUAUUACGCACAAGAAUUCCGUGAUGGCUUCCUCUACAUUGCCCUCGAGCGCUGCGCGGCGUCCCUUGCUGACGUUGUUGAGCGGCCUGGUCGUUUCCCCAAGGUGGCUGCCGCUGGUAGGGCCGAUUUGCCUGGCGUCCUCUAUCAGAUCACAAAUGGCAUCGACCAUCUGCAUAACCUUCGCAUCGUUCACAGGGACUUAAAGCCGCAGAACAUCCUGGUCAAUACUGGCAAGGAUGGCCGCCCUCGCCUGCUCGUCUCCGACUUCGGCCUUUGUAAGAAGCUCGAGGGUGGCCAGUCGUCUUUCGGUGCCACUACCGGACGGGCCGCCGGCACCACGGGCUGGCGAGCUCCUGAACUUCUCGUCGACGAUGACAAGGAUCCCCUCACGGAUGUCAGCAUCAACAGCGGGUCUGGCACUGUUCUAGUCAACUCGGAGAUGCUGCCCAACCGCCGCGCUACGCGGUCCAUUGACAUUUUCAGUCUGGGCCUGGUCUUUUACUAUGUUUUGACAAACGGAUUACAUCCUUUCGACUGCGGCGACAGGUAUAUGCGAGAGGUGAACAUUCGCAAGGGCAACUACAACCUGGCGCCGCUGGACGCUCUCGGGGACUUUGCGUAUGAGGCCAAGGACCUCAUCGGCAGCAUGCUCAACGGGGAUCCGAAGUCACGGCCAUCAACACGUGAUGUUAUGGCCCAUCCCUUCUUUUGGUCGGCCAAGAAGAGACUGGCUUUCCUGUGUGACGUGUCCGACCACUUUGAGAAGGAACCGCGCGACCCGCCUAGCGCUCACCUCAGCGAAUUGGAGUCUCACGCCCCAGACGUCACGCGGGGCGACUUUCUCCGCCACCUCCCGCGCGAGUUCGUAGAUUCAUUGGGCAAGCAGCGCAAGUACACCGGUUCACGGCUUUUGGACCUCCUCCGGGCGCUUCGAAACAAGAGAAACCAUUACGAAGACAUGCCCGACACUCUCAAACGUGCUGUCGGCCCGCUGCCUGAGGGGUACUUGGCGUUCUGGACCGUCAAGUUUCCGGGGCUGCUUCUGGCGUGCUGGAACGUGGUGUGGGAUGUGAGAUGGGAUUCGACGGAUCGCUUUAGGGAGUACUACGAACCCGCGGGCCUCUGA